CCAAAUUAUAUUCUGUGCAUGCUGGGCUAGGGAUGAUUGAGGUUUGAUAUAUUCAAAAUGGCUGAUCGUCGAAGAACGUACGAAGUGAUAAGCGAAGCGCAGAGGAAGAUUCUUUGUGACUUCUUCGAUAAAGGCAUGAAUUCAACAGCUAGUAACAUGCAGAGAACUAUAGUGGAGGCUUCUGAUAAAGCUAACGUAACUGUAGAACGAGUGAAGAAAUGGAUUGGAAACGAAAGGCAGAAACGAAAAGCCUCAUCUGCUAUUGGGACAGAUUUACCUGGUGAGACCUCUGGCUUGGCAACAAGAAAGUGUCCUGUAAAGCGUGGGACCACAGCAUACAACCUUUUUUGCUCGAGCAUGCUUACCUCAGAUGAAUGUAAACAGCUUACAAACUCUGAAAAAUUAAAACUCACUGUUAGUACAUGGAACUCACUCACCUCUGAGGAACGAAGUAAGUGGAUUGAAAAAGCAAAAGAGCUACAAAAGGUUGUUGUCAGUGAAUUAUCUGAAAAGGAGUGUAAUCAGAGAAUCAAAAAAGCGAGAAAACAACUUAUCUCCCAGCUUGCAUAUAUGGAAACUCUUGGCUGCGAAGCAUCAGUCCUGCUCAUGGAUCCUAGCGAUUCAUGCAAGCUUAAACAAUAUGGGACAGAGAAAGGAAUGAGAUUUUUGGAAGAUAACCAAACCAUUGCUUUGAAAUUUGGGGAGUAUGUUGACACUUCACACAGAGUUAAUUUCAAAGUUGAUGAUGUUGCAAAACUCUUCAACAAAAAAUACAGUGAAGCAUGUGGAAAAGCGUCCUCUCGGGUACCAUACAAAAAGGGAGGAUUUGAAGUCACAGGAUUGCCUGACGCCCUCAGUUUCAAGAGACCAAGUGCAUAUGGGCAAAAACAAAUAAAUGCUAUAAUGGAAAAUGCUGAAAAUAUCACAUUCAUCCUAUCCUCAUUACCAGACAAGCGGUCGGAAAUCACAACUGUUGAACGAAUGCAGCUGUAUACGAGUAUUUUGAGUAAGAUUAUCAACGAAGAUAAAGUGGCAGAUUGUUUAUCGCAAAAUCAUAAAAUUCAAGAAGAGGAUUUGGAAGUAUACGACUUUGAUUUAAAUGAGGAAGAAUUUAAUAUCAUUACAACAGAACUUAGCCACUGUUUUGGUAAUGAUGCGAUGACUGCAUGUAAAAAAAACUAUGAGGUAACCAGAGCUCAUUGCGGUUACGUUCUGCCGGUGUAUAACACGACUAAAGCUGAACCAUACUGGCUCUUUUAUCACCCUGGUAAAGCAGAAGAAAUUGAAAAUCUUCAGGCAGAUGAUAAAAUUUUUGGUUACUGGCUUGACAAGGACAAGACGGAACAAGAACUGUGCUACAAAUUACUUGUCGAACAGGACAAAACAUUCAUAGUAGCCUUGAACAUGAUCAGCAAAGAUCAAGAAAAUCUUGGAACACUGAGACUUCGAAAAGCUCUUGAACUCAAUUAUGGUGCCAAAAUAACAAUGCCACCUGAUUUUGACAUUACAAUCAGAGAAUGCUUAAAACAUCAAGGGUUUUUGUAAAUACAGUACGAAGGCUUUCAUUACUCAGUUGGUUAUGACUGCAUUAACUCGUUCCAAUUCCAGUUUUUGGGUCAUUGGGUGUACAUGCAAUAGUUUUGCUUUGGUUUGUUAAUAAAAGUACACUGAUUUACAGAUUCACGAUGACUGUUCCAUUGUUUUUUGUGCUAGACAUUGACGCCACC